AUGGGUGAAAGCCUUGGAGUGGCCGCGGUCACUAGGCAAAGUGCCUGGUGGCGCGCCAGUCUCUUGAUGCCGGCAGAGAUGCAAGUUGAAUUGGAGAGUGAAUGCACGAGAGAAUCGUACCGGCAGACAAGAGGGGGCCUCGAGAAUGAUUCGGUUGAAGACGAUGAUCGAGAAAAAAAGAUGAAAAGACUGUCGGUGGUGAGAAGGAGAGAGGAGGAGAACGAGCACAAAAUGGAGAAGAGUAAACGUUGGAGAAAGGCGUGCAAGGUCGCCUCAACGGCAUCGGUGCGACACCCCCUCAGUCGACUCGACUCCGCCCCAAACCCUGCUGCUAUUUUG